GCAGGCAAUCAUGCAGAUCUUCGUCAAGACCCUCACGGGCAAGACUAUCACCCUUGAGGUGGAGUCGUCCGACACCAUCGACAAUGUCAAGUCCAAGAUCCAGGACAAGGAGGGCAUCCCCCCCGACCAACAGCGUCUGAUCUUCGCUGGCAAGCAGCUUGAGGAUGGCCGCACUCUUUCCGACUACAACAUCCAGAAGGAGUCCACCCUGCACCUCGUGCUCCGCCUGCGUGGUGGUGGCAAGAAGCGCAAGAAGAAGGUCUACACCACCCCCAAGAAGAUCAAGCACAAGCGCAAGAAGACCAAGCUGGCCGUCCUCAAGUACUACAAGGUCGACUCUGACGGCAAGAUCGAGCGUCUCCGCCGCGAGUGCCCUGCCCCCGAGUGCGGCGCUGGUGUCUUCAUGGCCGCCAUGCAGGACAGGCAGUACUGCGGUCGCUGCCACCUCACCUACGUCUUCGACCAGAAAUAAGCGACAGCAUUGAUGGACGAUGGACGAAAAAAAAGAGUGAGAUGACACGACAUGCACGGGUUUCGGGAUGGGCAUUCAGUCGGCUAAGGAAGGAUGGCCGCGGCGUUGAUGUAGCAAAACACCAUCAGCCCAUCAGAGGCUGGCAAUGACAAUGCUUUCAAGUUACCUC